GUGAUAUGGCACAAAUUAAGUUGCUAGGCUUUUGGUAUAGCCCAUUUACUCACAGGGUUGAGUGGGCUCUAAAGAUUAAGGGCAUCGAAUAUGAAUAUAUAGAAGAAGAUCGAUAUAACAAGAGCCCUUUACUUCUUGAAUCGAACCCUAUUUACAAGAAAGUCCCAGUGCUCAUUCACAAUGGCAAGCCCAUUUGUGAUUCUAUGGUCAUUCUUGAGUAUAUCGACGAGAUAUUUGAAGGCCCUUCCAUCUUGCCUAAAGACCCUUAUGAUCAAGCUUUAGCUCGUUUUUGGGCUAAGUUCCUUGAUGACAAGGUGGCCGCGGUGGUAAAUGCAUUCUUACGCAAGGGAGAAGAGCAUGAGAAAGCUAAAGAGGAAAUUUGUGAGAUGUUGAAAAUUCUUGAUAAUGAGCUCAAGGACAAGAAGCUCUUUGUGGCUAACAAAUUUGGUUAUGCUGAUAUGGCUGCAAAUUUGGUGGGACUUUGGAUGGGAUUUUUCGAAGAAGCAUCUGGAAUUGUAUUAGCAACAAAUGAAAAAUUUCCAAAUUUUUGUGCUUGGAAAGAUGCGUAUAUUAAUUGCAGUCAAGUCAAGGAAUAUCUACCUUCAAGAUUUGAUGAGUUGCUUGCUUUUUAUCAAGAUCGUGUUCGCGCUCAAGCUCCAACUUCUGCUACUCCUCAAAAAUAA